AUGGAAAAGUUGGCAGCAGAGGUUAAAAAACCUAAAACAGAAAAGAAAGGUUCAGGAGUGGGAGAUGUGAUAGGCACAAUGAAAGAAUUUGGAAAAAGAUUUAGUGAAGAAACCAAGAAAACUGUUAAACAAGGAUUAAAUAAAUUAGUAGAUAGUAUUGAUACGGGAGAAAUCAAAGUCAAACAUAAGGAAAUAUUUCCUAAUAUCCAUAUGCUCAUGUGUAUAUGCGGUAGUUCCGGUACUGGGAAAACUCAUCUCACUUUUACCAUGUUGACAACACCAAACCUUUUAGAUUUCGAUUUUUUGUAUAUCUACACAACAACACCAGAGCAAUCGUAUUAUCAAUUUCUCAAAGCUUUAGAAUAUUUACCAAAGAAAGAUGUUCAAGACCUAUUUCAAUAUUACGAAGAAAACGAAGAAGUGGAAAUAAAAGAUAUCUUAGAUAACUACAUCGAAGGAAAGAAUCCAACGGAUAUAAAAGUUUUUCUUACGAAAAAUGUUUAUGAUCUAGACUUGUCUAAUGAUAGCAAACGAAAGAACUUAAUAUUGUUUGACGACUGCGUAGUGCAAAGAAAUCAAGCUGUUCAACAAGAAUUCUUCACGAAGGGACAACUGUCACUGCAUAUACCAAUCCCCAUCUAUUUACGGGAUGGAUUCUAUGUUUAUUAG